AUGGAUACCAGCAUAUACGGCAUCCUAAGAAACAUAACUCCUGUAAUUAUUUUAGCUAUCAAAACCGCGAUUCUUGCUUUUUUUGGCCUCUCGCCUAACGCUGACGUUCAAGAUAUCGCCACAGAAAUAAUCACCACUCUUGCUAGACCGAUUCUAGGUACUCCUGCAUCCUUGUUGAAAUCGCAAAUCCAACUGAAUUACGAUUGGGGAGUAAGAGGUCGUAUAUGGUUGGCAAAAUGUUGUGUCUCUAGUUCUCAUGGUGUAUCUGAUGUUGAAUCUGAUCAGAAAGAAGGGGUGGUUGGGUUGAAAACAGCGCUAAGGCUGGCUAUCGAAGAGCUGGGGGAUGGAACAGAUAUUUGUAGUGAGGGGUAUAAGAUCCCUGAGAUUGUUGAUGUGGAAGCUGAGUGGGUUGGCUAUCGAGGUGGGGUUUGGCAUACUGCUAAGAGACCGGAUUGGUCAGAGAGAGCUCAGUAUGAGGCCAUGAUGAAGGAAGUAGAGGAUAAUAACGACGGCAAAACACCCACAAUGUUAUAUCUUCACGGCGGCGCUAUGUGGUGCGUACAAGCCUAUGGUCUCCUUUUUCAUCAGUUCCACAAAUUUGGCUAAGCACCAUUAUUUUCAAAUAUCUUUUCGGUGACUUCAAUCAACUAACUAUGACUAUAGUUUGAUGGAUCCCGCUACUCACAGAUGGCCAAUUUCAGAUUUAGCAAAAGCAUCAUCUGGUCGGUGCUUCUCUGUUCGGUAUCGUCUAUCGCCACAAAGUGUCUUCCCCGCCGCGCUCUUGGACGCAAUAAUGUGCUAUCUUUACUUAAUAUCACCUCCUCCGGAUUCAUUUCACAAACCAGUCCCGCCUUCUCAAAUUGUCAUAGCAGCAGAUUCAUCUGGUGGGGGAAUAGCUGCAUCGCUUGUCCUUCUUCUUUUAACACUUCCACGCAUCGGAAUAACCCAUAUACGCUUUGCCAACCAAAACGUUCCAGUCCCAAUAACACAGCCAUUAGCAGGUCUAGCACUCACUUCUCCUUGGCUCGACAUAUCCCGCUCUCUCCCUUCAGUCACACGCAAUGCGAGAUACGACAUAAUCGCACCCCCAACACCCUUACAAAUGACCCCUAAUUUCCCUCCGGAUAAGAUUUGGCCAGCUAGUCCACUGCGAGUAGAGACUUACUGCGUUGCAAAUAUGGUCUCACAUCCGCUUGUUUCUCCCCUAGCUGCGAAGUCAAAACUUUGGAAGGGUGCCCCACCACUAUACCUAUGUGUAGGCUGGGAAAGUAUGCAAGAUGAAGGGGAAGUAUUCGCUAGACGAUUUCAUGAGGCCGGUUCUGUGGUCUACUUUAGGGGUUACGUAGGGAUGCCGCAUUGUUUUGGUAUGGUGCCGUGGAACUGGAUGGGAAGAAAGGCCAUGCGAGAAUGGGGGGAAUUCUGUAAAUCGGUUGUUGGGAGGGGAAACGAAAUGACAAGUUUGGCUUCUUGGACGGGCAAGGACGGGCAAGUUUCGAAGGUAGAUCCUGAGAAGCUGGGGUUUGAAAUUAAGGGAGUCAGGCCUGCGUUAGACGAUGCCUUCGUGGACAUGUCUAUGAAAGAGCAGAAGCGCUGGAGAAUAGUGGCUGAAAAUGAGAUGAGAGCUCAGUGGGGGGAAAAGCGCAAGAUAUGA